AUGCUUGGCAACAUGCUCGAGUGGCUGGACUUUGGCAUCUACGGAUACUCGCAGUCGGACAUAUCGGUCCAGCUUUUUGCCGGGAGCGAAACCGCCAGUUGGGCAACCUUUGGACUGGGCUACGCGUUCCGACCGGUCGGGGCCUUUGUGUUGGGAAAGCUGUCCGAUGCGUACUCGCGAAAAAGCAGCUUUCUCGUGGCCAUGCUCGGCAUGGCCUUUUCGACGGCGUUGAUGGCCACAAUUCCCGCGGUGUGCGGAGAAGAGGGCGUAACAAUCGACUAUUGCGUUGGCGCCGUUUGGAAAAGCGCGGUGCCGGCGGUUGCGCUGCGCUGCGUCCAGGGUUUUUCUGCGGGCGCCGCCGCGGGAGGAAUCAACGUGAUCCAGUCAGAGCUGUGGUCGACCUCUGACCGAAAGGGGGCGCUCGCGCAGUCCGUCGGCGUGAACAACGCCAGUGGAGCCGCCGCUUCCAUGCUCUCUGCCGCCAUCGUCUUUGGCCUCCGCUCCGUGCUCGGCAGCGAAACCUAUGCCGCAUGGGGCUGGCGGCUCGCCUUCCUGGCGGUGGUUCCGCCCAGCAUGCUGGCGAGCUACCUGAUGCACACCUCGGUUCCUGAGUCGAACGAAUUUGCCACCAAGGACGAUGAUGUUGUUGUCCUGAAGCACAAUGAGUCCAUCAAGAACGACGUCUCGGACGCAGUGGUCAACCCGGCGGCCCCGAUGAGGACCACCUCUGUGGGCCCUCGCCUAGGGUCGAUUUAUGAGAGCUCGCCCAAAGUGCCCAUCCCAGCUUCUACUACGAUGUCGCGGGACCCGCCUUGGCUUGUAAUCGUUGUCUCGAUCUACGUUCAGUUUGCCAUCGCGGCCUACAACAACCUCAACGUGUACAUGGCCUCUC